CACAGCGGCCUGGUAGGUGACUGGAGGCAUUCAGCCGUGCUCACUGGGAUUUCGCUGAUGUGACCCCAACCCCGCCUCCCUCCGCACCCCAUGAUGUCAGAAAAAACACGACAGGGAAAAUUCACCACAGCCAAGAAAAAGUUAAAAGAAUAUUGGCAGAGGAAGAGCCCUGGCGUUCCAGCAGGAGCUAACAGGAAAAAGAAAAUCAAUGGCAGUAGCCCUGACACAGCCACUUCUGGUGGUCACCGCUCACCUGUGGAUUCAGCAACAGGUGUCUACAGGGAGGGCCCUGUGUCAUCUACUACCCUGAAAGAUCUAGAGGGCCCUUUCGCCCUGUGCUUUGGGCAGGUUCGCACAUUGAAGGAGGAGAAGAAGCAUAGGAUACAUCGGGUACAGAAGCUUGGGAGGAGCUUGUUCAAACUCAAACACCAGAGGGCUGAACCCCGGGCCUCAGAUCCCCCAGCAGGGCCCUCUGAGGUGGAGCAGCUACAAGAUGAGACCAAACACCUAAGGAAGGAGCUGGAAAGUCUAGGAAGACAGCUCCAGGCCGAGGUGGAAAACAAUCAGAUGUUGAAUCUCCUGAACAGGAGACAGGAGGAGAGGAUACGUGAGCAGGAGGAGAGGAUACAUGAGCAGGAGGAGAAGCUACAUGAGCAGGAGGAGAGGAUACGUGAGCAGGAGGAGAAAAUACAUGAGCAGGAGGAGAGGCUAUCUGGGCAGAAGGAGAGGAUACAUGAGCAGGAUGAGAGGAUACAGGAGCAGGAGUGGCUGCCAGAGCAGGAGAGGCUGCUGGAGGAGGUGAAGAAGCUGUUGGAACGGGAGAGACGGGAGGAGGAGGAGGAGAAGCUGCUAGAGCAUGAGAGGCUGCUGAACCAGGUAGAGAAGCUGCUGGAAGAGGAGAGGCUGCGGGAGCACGAUGAGAGGCUGCGGGAGGAGGAGAGGCUGCCAGAGCAGGAGAGGCUGUUGGAGCAGGUGGAGAAGCUAUUGGAACAGGAGAGGUGGCAGGAGGAACAGGAGAGGCUGCUAGACCAUGGGAGGCUGCUGGACCAGGUGGAGGAACUGUUGGAAAAGGAGAGGUUGCGGGAGCAGGAUGAGAGACUGCUGGAGCAGGUGGAGAAGCUUUUGGAACGGGAGAGGUGACAGGAGGAGCAGAAGAGGCUGCUGGAGGAGGAGCAGCUGCUGGACCAAGUGGAGGAGCUGCUGGAACAGGAGAGGCUGCGGGAGCAGGAUCAGAGGCUGUGGGAGCAGGAGACACUGCGGGAGCUGGAGAGGCUGCGGGAGCUGGAGAGGAUGCUGGAGCUGGGGUGGGAAGCCCUCUACGAGCAGCAGGCGGAGCCACACAGCAGCUUCGAGGAGCUGAACAACGAGAACAAGAGUGCACUGCAGUUGGAGCCGCAAGUAAAGGAGCUGAAGAAGCUGGGCGAGCUGAAAGACACGGAGCACCUGGAAGCUACCAGCCAGCAGAAACAGCAGCUAAAGCCCUGUUGAGCCUCAGGAUCUUCUCCCUGGGGAAGAGGAGAUGGAGGAGGACAUCUGGACAGUGAGGAGGAGGAGGCACCUCAGCCCAUGCAGGACAUCCCAGAGGACCGGGAGAGCCGGGAGGUCAGGUGGCAUUUUUCAACUUCGCUGGAGCCAAUGCCCAGGAAGAGCAAAUGGUAUGCUGGCAGCCCCUGGUUCACCCAGUGGCUUCAUCCCAGAGGACCCCAGGGACUGGGGAGCGACUUUAUGGAGGACAAAGUGGACCUGAAGGAACCAGUGGAGUAACUGGAGCUUCGAUUCAUCCACCUCUUGGGACAGACAUCAUAAGAAACUACAUCAGCCAGGGGGCAGUGCCAAAAUGCGUCACUGGGAGAGGAGGACAUCAUCAGGCUGGCCCAGGACCAAGAGAUGCAAAUGAACCUGCUGGAGCUGCAGGGACAGGUGUUGCGGCUUGUGGGCGACCACAAUGAGGGGCACGACAAAUUCCUGACCACUGCCCAGAGUCCUGGUGAUCAGGCCGCUCUAGGAGCCCCAAUCCCCCUGGAGCUUGGGUGUGCUGACAAGCAGGGUGAUCCCCUCCUCCCUCUGUCUGAAGAUCUUCGUGGCUGAGCCUCACUGACAGCGUGGAGCCUGCACCAGGAGAAGCCAGAGAAGGUUCUCCCCAUGACAACCCCACUGCACAGCAGGUCGUGCAGCUGCUUCCUCUGACGCAGGACUCUCCAGGAGCACCGAGGCUUGCGCAGCAACCCCUGCAUGCUAUUCUUUUCGGGCUGCCAAGAACAGGGAGAUAAACCAUCACUAUCAUCUAAGAGCUGGUCAA